AUGAAGGAGCGUCAACGCUGGCAGCCUGAAGAAGACGUUCUCCUCCGCGACUACGUUAACCAGUACGGCCCUAGAGAAUGGAACCUCAUCUCUCAACACAUGUCCAAAACCCUAGAUCACGAUCCCAAAUCCUGCCUUGAACGCUGGAAGAAUUAUCUUAAACUUGGAAUUAAGAAAGGCUCUCUCACUCCACAAGAGCAAGCACUCGUGAUUUCUCUUCAGGCUAAGUACGGCAACAAGUGGAAGAAAAUCACAGCUAAAGUCCUCGGCCGCACCACCAAGCGUUUAGGAAAGUGGUGGGAGGUUUUCAAAGAGAAACAGAUCAAGCAGCAGAUUCAGAACAGUAAAAAAACCGGAUCAUGCACGUCCAAUCCGUUACCACCGCCACCGUCCGUCGCCGUUGGGUGGUACAACUACCACCAUGGAUGA